GUGGGGAGGCCGGAGGAGGUGGCAGGAGCGAGCGGCGCGCCGGCAGCAGGCUCAGCGCUCGGAGGCCUCGGAUACCCGCGCGAAGCAAAGUUUGCGCUCAGCUCUUGGGGGGCCCGGGACGCCUUGCGUGCCGCGCUCGCCUUGACCGCAGCGAGGGUCGCCGACAGCCACGCGGAGCGGAGGGAGCGGCGCCGCGCAGGUCCCUGUGUGGAUCGUGUGCCAGGCAGGGCUGAGGACACCGUCUCUGUGACCGACGUCCUGUCCCUGUGACCCACUGCCCAGCCGCUGUCCUGCCCCUGGAAGUGCAGAGGUGCCAGGAGCUGCCCACCGUCCCAGGACAAACCAGCAGGUGGUGGUCUCCCGCGGAGCAGACUUGCCACUGUUCCCUUCUGCGCUCGAGCUGGCGAAGGCUCUGGACCCAGGCCCAUCCACUCCCCGGGGACUGCUUCGGCUGACACCGCGUCUUGCGAGCAGGAGAGCAGGCCAGCAGCACCAGCAAAUGGAGAUGGUAUUCAGGAGACAAGAGAGCAGUGAGGGGUUCUGUGGCCUCGCGCUCUGGUGCCGGAGGCUGUGCCCUGAGCGGCCGGGAGAAGAAGAGUACUCUGACAUUUUUUUACAGGUACGUUAUCUUAGGCGCACAAAGCCGAUUUCACAGGGAAAAGCCGGCCUUGGUCAAGGAAGCGACAUGCCUAGGGAACGGGAGGAGCAGCCAUCUCCUCGCAGCCCAUCUGACCCCACUGUGCCCGGCCCCCUGGCCCAGGCUGAGCAGCGCGAGCAGCGCCCAGAGAAUGACAUUGACCUUGAAGGUCUGGUGAAUGAUAUGAAUACAUCUUUGGAGAGUCUGUGCCCAUCUGGCAACAUGCAGUCCGAGACGGUGCCCCUGCGCCAGAACGGCCAGCACCCCCGUGGCCAGCCGCCACCGGCAGGAGCAAGGCCCGCGGAGCCGCAGGCGUCGGCGCAGCAGAAGGUGCAGCGCUCCCAGCCCAUGCACAUCCUGGCUGUCAGUUUUAGGUUCCUAGCAAAAUUCAGAGGAAGAUACAGAGAUUUCCUGUACACUCCCCUCCCCCAUCGUCAACAUCCCCACCAGAGGCGCCUGCAGGAGGAAGACCAGCAGUUGAAAACCUCGUCGCUGCCGGCCAUUCCCAACCCUUUCCCAGAGCUCGGCAAAAAGGAGAGCCCCUCUGCGCUCGCGUCAGGCUCGGGCUUGGGCUCGGGCUCCGGCUCGGGCUCCGGCUCGGGCUCCGGCUUGGGCUCGGGCUCCGGCUUCCUGCCGCCUCCAAGCCAGCCCCAGCCCCCGGCGAAGACGGAUGUUAAAAUCUUCGGUGAGGACGGGACCUGCAAGGUGGUGGAGAUUCCGGUGGACAUGAAGUCCCGGGACCUGUGCCAGCUGCUGGUGUACCGCAGCCACUGCGUGGACGACAACAGCUGGACCCUGGUGGAGUUCCACCCCCACCUGGGGAUCGAGCGCUGCUUGGAGGACCAUGAGCUGGUGGCCCAGGUGGACAGCACCAUGGCCGGCGAAAGCAAAUUCUUAUUCAGGAAGAAUUAUGGCAAAUACGAGUUCUUCAAAAAUCCCACCAACUUCUUCCCGGACCAGAUGGUCACCUGGUGCCAGCAGUCCAACGGCGGCCAGAACCAGCUCCUGCAGAACUUCCUGAACACCAGCAGCUGCCCCGAGAUUCAGGGGUUCCUGCACGUGAAGGAGCUGGGGCGCAAGUCCUGGAAGAAGAUGUACCUGUGCCUGCGCAGGUCCGGCCUCUACUGCUCCACCAAGGGCUCCUCUAAGGAGCCCAGGCACUUGCAGCUGCUGGCCGACCUGGACGACUGCAGCGUCUUCUCUGUGAUCUCCGGCAAGAAGCAGUACCACACCCCCACGGAGUUCGGCUUCUGCCUGAAGCCAAACAAAGUCCUGCAGGAGACAAAGGAGCUGCGGGUGCUGUGCGCGGAGGACGAGCAGGGCCGCAUCUGCUGGAUGACCGCGUUCCGCCUGCUCAAGUAUGGAAUGACCCUCUACCAGAACUACCGGCUCCCCCACCACAGAAAGGCGGCCUACCUGAGCUCCCUCUCCGGGCCCGUGCGCAGUGUCUCCGAGAGCUCCCUCGUGGCCAUGGACUUCUCCGGGCAGACCGGAAGAGUGAUCGACAACCCCGACGAGGCUGAGAGUGCAGCCCUGGAGGAAGGACACGCCUGGAGGGUAAGGAGACGCAGCACCAGGAUGAGUGCCCUGGGCAGCCAGAGCCCCCUCGCCCACUCCUCCCUCAACACCGUGAUUCACAAGAGCCAGCACUGGUUCCAUGGCCGCAUCUCCAGGGAGGAGUCGCACCGCAUCAUCAAGCAGCAGGGGCUGGUGGACGGGCUCUUCCUGGUCCGUGACAGCCAGAGCAACCCCAAGGCUUACGUGCUCACGCUGAGCCACCACCAGAAAAUCAAAAAUUUCCAGAUCUUACCUUGUGAGGAGGAGGGGCAGGUGUUCUUCAGCCUGGACGACGGGAACACCAAGUUCUCCGACCUGAUCCAGCUCGUCGACUUCUACCAGCUCAACAAGGGGGUGCUGCCUUGCAAGCUCAAGCACCACUGCGUCCGCGUGGCCUUGUGACUCGCCCCGCGCGGCCCGGCGGCUGGGGCGCACCCCCGUGGCCUGGUGGCCCCAGACCCGCCUGAGCUGGUGGCUGGAGGGAGGCCACACUGGAAGGAGUAGGAGGCCUGUGCAUGGUUGAAAACACACUUUGAUUCUGUACCUGGGGAGCGCAAUCGUUUCCCUCGGUGCCAACCCCCAAUAUUGGAUAGUCCUUGGAUGUGACGGUGAUUUGUGGCUUGGACCCUGCCAGCCAAAUCAGGGGCUGAAAGAGCGAGUGCUAAAUUUGAGGAAAACUGGAAGGAGCGCCCUGGCGGGGCCACGUGAGAAUCAUAGCAGUGAUUGGAAAUAAACUCUUGCCCUGGAAUAAUCUUGACAAUUGAAACUGACAUGUUUACUUUUUUGUAUUGAUCCCUUUUUUUGCACUCCUUGUUUUCAAUGUUGUAUUCAGCCCCUGGUGGCGGGGACACGGCUGUGCAGCGCAUACAAGACGGAGAGACAGUUUCGAGCGGACGGGCGCACGUUGCCGACGGAGCACCGAGGUAUCGGAGGGCGGGCCCGCCUGCCGGUCACCGCAGGCGGAUUCGGCGCCCGGAGAACCGGCACCCUCGCCCUUCCCCGUUUCCCGGAAAAGCUUCUGAAACCCAGGUGUCGCCCGUGGUCGGCAUUGGACAGCUUCGUGGACCAGUCAGCAGCCACGUCCGUCACUCGCUCUCCACACAAGGUGCCGCGCUCGUGCUCCGAGGUGCCCGUCUUCCGCAGCCAGGAGCCUUCGUUUCCGGGGACGCCCCGCGCCACGCCCGCAGGGCCGAGUCCCCCGCUGGUUGGAGACAGGCAGCUUUCUUGAGACUCUGCUACUCUCGUCUGCCCGUGGUCCGUCCGCCGGCUCACCUGCCGCCUGUUCUAGAAGGAUCACCGCCUGACCCUGCGGUGGCCUGAGCCUCUUCAUGGCUGUCCUCCCUUGGGGACUCAAGGUUCUGAUAAGAAAAUGUCACCCGCUUAGCUUCCUGCAGAGACCCGCAGGUUUCCACGGUGACACGGAUGGAAACAUUGAAAGGGCACGACCCCGCCCAGAUUGGCAGGUUUCUAUGGUGACACGGAUGGAAACAUUGAAAGGGCACCAUGUCUCCGCCCAGAUUUGUGAGUUUCCAUGGUGACACGGAUGGAAGCCUUGAAAGGGCGUGUCCGCGCCCGGAUUGGCGGGUUUCCAUGGUGACACGGAUGGAAACAUUGAAAGGGCAUCAUGUCCCAGGCCUGGUUCCUGGGUUUCCAUGGUGACACGGAUGGAAACAUUGAAAUGGCAUGUCUCCGCCAAGAUUGGCGGGUUUCCAUGGUGACACGGAUGGAAACAUUGAAAGGGCACCAUGUCCCAGGCCUGAUUCCUGGGUUUCCUUGGUGACACGGAUGGAAACAUUGAAAUAGCAUGUCUCCGCUAAGAUUGGCGGGUUUCCAUGGUGACACAGAUGGAAACAUUGAAAUGGCAUGUCUCCGCCAAGAUUGGCGGGUUUCCAUGGUGACACGGAUGGAAACAUUGAAAUGGCAUGUCUCCGCCAAGAUUGGCGGGUUUCCAUGGUGACACGGAUGGAAACAUUGAAAUGGCAUGUCUCCGCCCGGAUUGGCGGGUUUCCAUGGCGACACGGAUGGAAACAUUGAAAGGGCACCAUGUCCCAGGCCUGAUUCCUGGGUUUCCAUGGUGACACGGAUGGAAACAUUGAAAGGGCAUGUCUCUGCCCAGAUUGGUGAGUUUCCAUGGUGACAUGCAUGGAAACGUUGAAAGGGCACCAUGUUCCAGGCCUGAUUCCCAGGUUUCCAUGGUGACACGGAUGGAAACGUCGAAAGGGCAUGUCCCCGCCCAGAUUCCGGUUUCCAUAGUGACAUGCAUGGAAACACUGACAGGGCAUGUCCCUGCCCGGAUUGGCGGGUUUCCAUGGUGACAAGGAUGGAAACAUUGAAAGGGCACCAUGUUCCAGGCCUGGAUUCCUGGGUUUCCAUGGUGACAAGGAUGGAAAUAUUGAAAGGGCACCAUGUUCCAGGCCUGGAUUCCUGGGUUUCCAUGGUGACAAGGAUGGAAACAUUGAAAGGGCACGUCCUGGCCCAGCUUUGCGGCCUGUGCCUGAUGCCCCCGGCCUGAGACCCCGGCACGGGAGGCAGCUGGCGGCCUCUGCCGCCUCGUCCCUCACAGCAGCUGGGGACGUGGACCAGCCUCGUCAGCAGGACACUGCUUCCCGCUCCGGGGCCGCUCGGACGGUGCCCGGCCCAGAGGGGUGUCCCCAGGUCUGAGAGUGGCCGUGUCUUUCUCUUCUUUGGUCUCUGACGAGCACACAGCCCUCUGUGGUGCAAGUGAUUUUCUUGUCUAGUAGCAGUUCCGCUGUUGACUGGCCUCUGCAUGUGCCCCCCGACCCACCGCGGGGCCCCCGAAACACAGGCCCGGCCUCGGGCCGCACGUGGGUCAGUCAGCGGAGGGGAAACUGUUACUCUACAGGCCACACUCUGGUUGUUUUCUGUGCCUGUCCAUUUAUGCAGAUGAAGAAGUUUUAGUAAGACGUUUUUAGCUAUAGUUACUCAAUUGUGUUUUCUUUUUUGUACCCAGUUUAUCUUUCAUAGCAUUGACCUUAGGCGGGCCUCCCAUUGUGCUGGCGGGCGCUGCCCAGACCACCGCGGGACUGACUCUGACGCCGCCACCCCUCACUGGCUGGAGGCGAACCCUGAGCCCGGGCCAGGUCCCGGCCGAUCCUGUUGAGUAGACCAGGCCCAGCAGUGAGACGAGGCCCGCGCCCCUCCCCCGUAGAUGGCUAGUGUUUGCGGCAUUUCAUAUUUAUACGCACGCGUUUUUAUUUAAAGGACAGCAGGAGCCCGACUCUGACUCAGUUUCGCAUGUAGCUGUGUGCCCGGCCCUUGGUACCUUCCCGGCCUCCAUGAAUGGAUGGCGAGUGCAGGUUUGGCACAGGGCGUCCUCGCCCUGCCCGGCCGGGAGGGCCACCUGACAGCAGCCGGUCCCUGGACGAGGCAGUGUCCACCCGCCAGCCAGGGGCUGAAGACAUUCGGCCUUUAUUUUUGUAUUUCGGUGACAUGAAUGUAAACGGGGCAGCUCAGGGUCGUUUGGAGCCUGUUGAGUUUUUAUCUGCCUGUGAUUUUCUUUUCUUUUUACGUGAUACUUGUGUAACAGCCUGGGCUAAAUCGAGAAGGAAGAUGCCGGUGUUUUGGUGUCCCGCCCCCAGCAUGCUGGGGGCGAGAGGUCCAGGAUGCUUUUUUGUUUGCUAAACUUUGAAGAAAUAUGUGCCUCAGUCUAGAAGUUUUGUCUUCUCUCCUCUGCACGUGACACCUGGCAGUUUGACCAGCCGUCUCACCUUUCAGGUGGGACUCGCUCGCAGGAGGGUGUGAUGUCGGCGAGCCGCGGUCCGGGCGUGCAGAAGGUGCAGGGACAAGCUCUACUCAUGUGCUUUGCUCCUCUUUGUACAUAGCUCCUCAGCUCAUGAACCUAAGUAUACACUUUCAGGUAUUUUUGUACCAAUAAGGGACUGGUGAUCUGUUUCUUGUAAUUUGAAAUAAACAUUAAUAAACAUACAGUGUUCUUCAUUUUC